GGAAGUGAAACUAACACAUUCACUGUGACUGAAGAGCGAAAUGGAGCUUAAUCAGCUGGACCCAGAAACUUUCUCCUGUUCCAUCUGCCUGGAUCUACUGAAGGAUCCGGUCGCUAUUCCCUGUGGACACAGCUACUGUAUGAACUGUAUUAAAAACUUCUGGGAUGGAGGUGAGAAGAAGAAAAUCUACCACUGUCCUCAGUGCAGGAAAACCUUCACACAGAGGCCUGACCUGGUGAAAAACACCAUGCUAGCAGCUUUAGUGGAGCAGCUGAAGAAGACUGGACUCCAAGCUGCUCCUGCUGAUCACCGCUAUGCUGGACCUGAAGAUGUGGCCUGUGAUUUCUGCACUGGAAGAAAACUGAAAGCCAUCAAGUCCUGUUUAGUCUGUCUGGCCUCUUAUUGUGAGAAACACCUUCAGCCUCAUUAUGAUUCAGCUACAUUUAAGAAACACAAGCUGGUGGAGCCGUCCAAGAACCUCCAGGAGAACAUCUGCUCUCGUCAUAAUAAGGUGAUCGAUAUCUUUUGCUGCACUGAUCAGAAGUGUAUCUGUUAUCUCUGCUCUGUGGAUGAACAUAAAGGCCAUGAAACAGUGUCAGCUGCAGCAGAAAGGACUAAGAGGCAGAGAGAGCUGGAGGAGAGACGAGGAAACAUCCAGCAGAGAAUCCAGGACAGAGAGAAAGAUGUGAAGCUGCUUCCACAGGAGGCGGAGGCCAUCAAUCACUCUGCUGAUAAAACAGUGGAGGUCAGUGAGAAGAUCUUCACUGAGCUGAUCCGUCUCCUCCAGAAAAGAAGCUCUGAGGUGAAGCAGCAGAUCAGAUCCCAGCAGGAAACUGAAGUGAGUCGAGUCAAAGAUGUUCAGGAGAAGCUGGAGCAGGAGAUCACUGAGCUGAAGAGGAAAGACGCUGAGCUGGAGCAGCUCUCACACACAGAGGAUCAUACCCAGUUUCUCCUCAACUACCCCUCACUGCCAGCACUCAGUGAGCCGACACACUCAUCCAGCAUCAACAUCCGUCCUCUGGGACACUUUGAGGACGCGAAAGCAGCUGUGUCAGAGCUCAGAGACAAACUACAGGACGUCCUGAGAGACUCAUGGACAAACAUCUCACUGAUGGUCACUGAGGUGGAUGUUCUACUGUCAGAACCAGAACCAAAGAACAGAGCUGGACUCUUAAGAUAUUCAUGUGAAAUUACUCUGGAUCCAAACACAGCAAACACACAGCUGGUUCUAUCAGAGGGGAACAAGAAGGUAAUAAAGAUGAAUAAACAUCAGUCUUAUUCUAAUCAUCCAGACAGAUUCACUGACUGGGUUCAGGUUCUGAGUAGAGAGAGUCUGACUGGACGUCGUUACUGGGAGGUGGAGUGGAGCGGGUCAUUGGUUUAUGUAUCAGUCGCAUACAAGAACAUCGGAGCAGGAAGUGGGAAUGAAUGUAGAUUUGGAAAUAAUGACAAAUCUUGGGCAUUAGAUUGUUUCAGUUCUAAAUUUGGUCACAACGACAUCUGGACCUCCGUCUCAGGUCCAGUUUCCUCCAGAGUCGGAGUGUACCUGGAUCACACAGCAGGUAUUCUGUCCUUCUACAGCGUCUCUGAAACCAUGACUCUCCUCCACAGAGUCCAGAACAGAUUCACUCAGCCGCUGCUGGCUGGAGUUUUUGCUGGUUAUUUAUCCUCUGCAAAGUUCUUUAAACCCAAAUAGAUUUUUUCUCUGUUGUUGAUCAGAGUUCAUGGUUCUCAUGUCUCUAUUCUGUUUAUCUUUAUUUUUCUGGUUUAAAUGUAUUUCUCUGUGUUCCAGGAGCCAUAAAGGAAAUCACUGCUGAUGUUUUCUUUCUUUCUUAUGACAGAAAUAUUUAUCCAAUGAAAAACUAAAGGUCUCUGGGCUCUAAUAAUUUUGCUUUAAUAUUUAUUCUGAUUUGGAUGUUCUGGUUUCUCUUCAAAAACUGUAAAACCAUAGCAACAAACAACAUAUAUGAUAAUAACAAUUAUGACAUCACUGGAAAGUACAUGGUACAAGCAUUGUGCCUAGUUCUCUUUCAGUCUCCUAAGAUGCAUUUUUCUUCAAAUAUUUUAGAUAUACUUUAUGAAAAAUUCUUGCAAAUAGGCAGAGAUCCACUGUACUCAUUUUACAAGGGCAAAUAUGCACGGAAAACAUUCAUUAGGCAAAAUUAAUUUUAAACAUAAAGACAAUAACCUUUGACAUCUUUGUUUUGCAUCAGUGUCACCAGUCACUGCAGCAUCCAUCAGUUUUUGAGCCUCUUGUCAUCAACCGAAAUACAUAGAAAGGAAAGCAUUUUGUUUGCUGCUGAAAAACGCAGCACACAAGAAGAAUAAAAAACACAUUUCAAAAUCCAACUAUAGCUUUGUUGUCAGUGGAUGUUUGUUGUUAUAAAUAGCCCAGUAAUUGCCCACAGUCGAAGAAGGUGUAGCAUGACUCUAACCACUGUUUCAUGGAGAUUAUUUUGUUGUUAGCAACUAAGGGACUUAAAGGCACUUUGGUCUAAAAGCGUUUGUGGUCAUUGUCUCUGAAAGGUGAUAGUUUAGGAAAGAUAAUAACACCAAAUCCCAAGAGAAAUAGCUGCUUUGUCUCAUCCAGUUUAAAGUCUCAGCACACCAUCCUCAUGGGAAGAGCAGAUGGGCGUUUCCCUCACAGA